CCUCGCUCGCUCGCUCGCUCGCUCGCCGUCUCUCUCAUCGCAUGCACCCCACGGCCACGAGGGUCCAGUCUUUCCGUGCUCCUCCCCUCUCGCCGCACGCCACAACCCACAAGCGUAGUCGCUGGUCGUAGUCACCGGCCGGCGCCGUGUUCUAGUGAGAGAGACACCGCGAGGGAGGUGGCUACCAAGGCGCGCUAGAUUUUGCGGAGACAGCGUAGUGAGAGAGGAGGCCAGGCCAGCAAGCACUCGUCGACCGGGGAUGGCGCGAGGUGGCGGCGCGGGCGAGGAGGAGGAGGAGGAGGAGCGGGGGGCGACGAGCGAGGAGGCGCUGAUGGCGGACUCGGCCGACGAGGAGGGCCGCCGCGGGAGCAGCUCCAGCGCCAGCUCCGAGGCCGCCUCCAGCGUGUCCUACACCUACACCCCGCCCGACGAGUGGCAGAAGGUGGCCAUCAAGACCUGCGUGUCGGCCGACGUCGUCGUCGCCGCCGCCGCCGCGCCCGGGGCUGGCGGCGGCGGGGACGCGGCGGACGACAGGCGCAGGGCCUCAGAGAUGGAGAUGAUGAAGGAGAGGUUCUCGAAGCUGCUGCUGGGCGAGGACAUGUCCGGGAGCGGCAAGGGCGUCGGCACCGCGCUCGCCAUCUCCAACGCCAUCACCAACCUCUGCGCGACCAUAUUCGGGCAGCUCUGGAGACUGGAGCCGCUGCUGCCGGAGAAGAAGGCCAUGUGGCGGCGGGAGAUGGACUGGCUGCUCUGCGUCAGCGACCACAUCGUCGAGCUCGUGCCCACAUGGCAGACGUUCCCGGACGGGACUAGGCUGGAGAUCAUGACAAGCAGGCCACGGUCUGAUCUGUACAUCAACCUGCCGGCGCUUCGGAAGCUAGACAACAUGCUCCUCGAAAUCCUGGAGGGAUUCAGGGACGCCGAAUUCUGGUACGUGGACCAGGGCAUCUGCGCGCCGGACUGCGACGGCUCCGCGUCGUUCCGGAGGACGUUCCACCGCCGCGACGACAAGUGGUGGCUCCCGGUGCCCCGCGUGCCCCACGGCGGCCUCUGCGAGGCCACGCGGAGGCGGGUCGAGCACCGCCGCGACUGCGCCAACCAGAUCCUGAAGGCCGCCAUGGCCAUCAACAGCAACGCCUUGGCCGAGAUGGACGUGCCCGACUCCUACCUCGACUCGCUGCCAAAGAAUGGGCGCGCGACGCUGGGCGACGUCAUCUACCGGUACAUCACCUCGGACCAGUUCUCCCCGGACUGCCUCCUCGACUGCCUGGACCUGUCGUCGGAGUACCAGGCGCUGGAGAUCGCCAACCGCGUCGAGGCCUCCGUCUACGUGUGGCGCCGGAGGGGCGGCGCCGCGAAACCGGCGAGCCGCGCGGGCGCCAAGUCGUCGUGGGGCAUCGUGAAGGACAUGAUCAUGGACACGGAGAAGCGAGACCUGCUCGCUGAGCGCGCCGAGGGCCUCCUCAUAUCCCUGAAGCAGAGGUUCCCCGGGCUCACACAGACGAGCUUGGACAUGAGCAAGAUCCAGUACAACAAGGACGUGGGGAAAUCGAUCCUCGAGAGCUACUCGAGGGUCCUGGAGAGCCUGGCCUCCAACAUCAUCGCGCGUAUCGACGACCUCCUCCACGUCGACGAACUGAGCAAGCAGUCAGACCACCUCCCCGCCGGCGGCGCGGACGGGAACAUCGCCUGCAAGAACACUACCACCGGCAAGGCCACGGCGGUGCCCGCCUCGGGCACGCCGUACGCGACGGCCUACGCCACGCCGAGCUUCUCGCCGGCGCAGCUGUCGAGCCCGUCCAAGAUCGGCAGGGCCCUGCUGGUCGACCGCCGGUCGCACCACGCCAAGGGGGCCGGAGCCAGGACAACGGCGACGCCCGCGGUUGACCGCGCCGGCGUGGAGGUCGUCAAGGGCAUGCUGCUCGGCAGCGCGGUGUUCGACAUCCCGACGGCCGUCACGGCAGAGCUGUGAAGAUCCGAGGGCACACGCUGGGUUCAGAUGAGCUGAUGAGGUCGCCGCCUGCGGAGGCCUCUCUGUGUAUACUUACCUCGUGUCGGCGUCAGGCGUGUCCGCGGGGCAGAUUUGUUGUUGCGUCCUAGUUUUUAGGCAUCCGAGGGCGAUUUCUCAUGUUGCCGUUUGCCGCCCUCCGUUUGUAAUGCUUUGGCACGGUGUCAUGUUAGUUCUGCGAGUCUUGGUAUGCUAAGGGAGCUUCCUUUCCA